AUGUCUGCCACAAUGCAGCCGGAAGUUGAGCAGCAGCUUGCAUAUGUGCUCUUGAUUGAGCUGUUGGCGCAUCAGUUUGCGUCGCCAGUCCAAUGGAUUGAAACCCAAGAUGGACUCAUCACAGAUCAGAAUGUCGAACGGUUCAUCGAAAUCGGCCCGGCAGACAUCCUCACCGGCAUGCUCCGAAAGACUGUCGGUCAACAGUACAAAUCUCAAGAUGCUGCACGACACAUGACACGAAAGCUACUCUCAUACGCGCAGAAUGCAGACGAAAUACAGUAUAUCUCGGGGUCGUCAACAGCAACCAGCCGGCCAGCUGUGAAGCCUCACCCGCUAUUGUCACAGACGCCGUCGGCGCCCAGUAAGGCUGUGGAAAGUACGCCGUCGGCCCCUGCUGAAACUCAGGUCACUACUGCGCCGGCCCCUGUUGCUAAAGUAGCGAUGGUUGCGGAUGCUCCUGUCCAGGCGAAGGAUAUUGUGAUCGCCAUCAUUGCACAAAAGCUGAGGAAGAGUCACAGCGAAGUAGCAACAGACAAAACAAUCAAGCUGCUAGUGAGCGGCCGAUCGACCUUAGAAAAUGAGAUCGUGGGCGACCUCGACGCCGAGUUUGGAUCCCUUCCCGAGAGGGCGGAAGAACUAGGGUUAGAGGAACUAUGCAAUACACUGCAGUCUGGCGCAGCCUUCUCAGGCCAGCUGGGUAAAGUAUCCACAGGGAUCGUCUCCCGCGUCUUUGCACAGAAACUUCCUGCUGGCUUCUCUAGCGGUGAUGCCCGUGAGUAUCUUCAGACUCGAUGGGGUCUUGGGGCUGGACGUCAGGAUUCGGUUUUCUUGCGAGCAAGCACAGCACAAACAUCUUCCCGAUUGGCAAGUUCGGGAGAAGCACAGACAUUCUUUGACCAGAUAGUACAGCAAUAUGCGACAGACAACGGCCUCAACCUGUCUGCGUCCGCGCCGGCCGCGGAGGCAGCAGCAGCGUCGGCUCCUGUGGACAGCAAGGCUCUCGGCUUGGUGAAGAAAGACCAGGAGAGACUUCGGAAGGCGCAGAUGGAGCUCUACGCCCGACUGCUCGGGAAGGAUCUGGGCCAUGAUGCACGAGAAGCGCUCAAGGCACAGCUGGCGACUGUCAAGCUGCAGGAGCAGUUGGACUUCAUCACAGCCGAGGUGGGCGAUGUCUUUAUCUCAGGUAUUCGUCCGCUAUGGGCAGCUGCCAAGGUUCGACGCUACAACUCCAGCUGGAACUGGGUGUUGCAAGAUACAUUGCAUCUGUUCCACCGGAUUCUGCGAGGGAACUUUGGCAAUGCCGAUUUCCCUAAAUACAGCAACGCCAUCGCCAACCGAUCUAGCCCUCGCUUACUGCAAAUGAUCAAGUACCUCUCGAACAGCCCAUGCUCGCUCUGGGGCACUCGUUUCCCAGAAGCCAAGACCGUGAUGCGUCGCCUGGUAGACCUCUGCGAGAAGCCGCGCGCGCCUCGAUUUGAGCCGUUGGCCGCGAAUUAUGAUGCCUUCACCAAGGGGCCGAGCACUACGGUGGAUGAGAAUGGUCAUAUCAAGUACCGCGAGGUCCCUCGCGGUGGAUCCCCCGUCAUCGCAUCGAUUCAUAUCAAGACCCAGCGACAUUCGACCUGGCUGACCGACCGCUCGGUAACGGCGCUGUACCUGGACGAGGUACAAUCAUCCUGGAAUGACGGUAUCACAUUUAUCAAUAAGUGUGUGCUCAUGACUGGAGUGAGUAUUGGAUCCAUUGGAGCCGAAAUCCUGAAAGGCCUCCUGAGUGGCGGAGCCAAGGUCGUUGUCACCACCAGCAGCUACUCCUCUGCCACGACCCGGUUCUACCAGCGUCUCUACGUUGAACACGGUUCGCGGGGAUCCGAACUGAUCGUCGCCCCAUUCAACCAAGGAAGUCAGCAUGAUCUCGAUGGUCUUGUGGAGUACAUCUACACCUCGGGGAGUGGCCUGGGCUGGGACCUGGACCACGUUGUUCCCUUCGCGGCAAUCUCCGAGGCUGGACGUGAGAUUGACAAUAUUGAUGCCAAAUCCGAAUUGGCUCACCGAAUCAUGCUCACCAACACGCUUCGUUUGCUGGGGGCCAUCAAGAAACAGAAGCAGCUUCGGGGAUACCGCACGCGGCCGACCCAAGUCAUUCUGCCCCUCUCGCCCAACCACGGCGCGUUUGGCAACGAUGGUCUGUACGGCGAGUCGAAGAUUGCCCUCGAAUCCUUGUUUGAGAAAUGGCACUCGGAAAGCUGGUCGACAUACCUGUCCAUCUGCGGUGCAGUCAUUGGUUGGACGCGUGGCACCGGUCUGAUGGCCGAUAACAACAUUGUUGCGGCAGGGAUUGAGCGUCAUGGCGUGCAGACCUUCUCCACAGCCGAGAUGGGAGCGUACAUCUUGGUGCUUAUGACUCGGAAGCUUGCGAAUCAGUGCAACGUACAGCCCCUGUAUGCCGAUCUGACCGGCGGUCUGAACACGAUUCCGAAUCUGAGGGCUACCUUGGAUAAGGUUCGGCGCGAGAUUGUCGAUAAAAGUGCCAUGCGCACCGUCCUCGCGCGGGAGCAAGCUGCUGAGCAGAAGCUUACUACCUGCAGCUCUCCAACGACCCAGGAGAAGGAGGCACGGACGCGCCUGGCAAAUAUUCGCUUCUCAUUCCCCGCUCUGCCCGAUGCGAAGACCGAAGUCGACCCCUUGCGAGCAACAUUGAUGGGCAUGGCAGACCUAGAGCGCAUCGUGGUGGUCACAGGCUUUUCGGAGGUUGGCCCGUACGGCAACUCUCGGACUCGCUGGCAGAUGGAAGCCACAGGGCGUUUGUCCUUGGAAGGAUGCAUUGAGAUGGCCUGGAUUAUGGGCCUCAUCAAGCACCAUGACGGCCCGCUGGACGGGAAACAUUUCACCGGCUGGGUGGAUGCUAAGACAAAGAAGCCCGUGCAGGACAUGGAUGUCAAAGCCCGAUAUGAAGAGCAUAUUCUCAAUCAUACGGGAAUCCGGCUGGUGGAGCCGGACCUGGAUCCUAGCGAACCACCCGGCAAGAGACGUCUCCUGCAAGAGGUCGUGCUUGAAGAGGAUCUGCCGCCCUUCGAAGUCUCUCCUGAGGUGGCACAGCAACUCAUCCACGAGCAUGGGGAGAACCUGGUUGAUAUCUCACCGCAGGGUGAACAAUGUGUUGUCAACCUGAAGAAGGGCGUGGUGCUGAUGAUCCCCAAGGCUCUGCAGUACCAGCAUGCGGUUGCAGGACAGGUUCCUACCGGCUGGGAUGCACGCGCCUACGGCAUACCGGACGACAUUGUCGCCCAGGUUGACCGUGGAACUCUCUUCACCUUGGUCAGCACCAUGGAGGCGCUUGUGGCCUCGGGAAUCACCGACCCCUACGAGCUAUACCAAUAUAUCCAUCUCUCCGAGUUCGGCAACUGCAUCGGUUCGGGUCUUGGUGGCGUGCACUCGUUGAAGAAGAUGUUCCGGGACCGGUACCUGGAUAAGGAUGUCCAGAAGGACAUUCUCCAGGAAACCUUUAUUAACACCACGGCUGCCUGGGUUAAUAUGCUGCUGAUCUCCUCCGCUGGCCCCAUCCGCACGUCGGUUGGUGCUUGCGCCACUUCGAUCGAGUCUUUGGAAACUGGGUUCGAGACCAUCGUCACUGGACGUGCCAAAAUCUGUCUUGUCGGUGGAUACGAUGACAUGACGCAGGCGGUAGCGGAGGAGUUUGCCAACAUGAAAGCCACUACCAACCCCGAGGAAGAGGCCAAGAAGGGCAGGCUUCCUCAGGAGAUGUCGCGGCCCGCUGCAGAGAGCCGCAGCGGCUUCGUUGAGUCUCAGGGCAGUGGUGUACAGGUUAUCACCUCAGCCCGUUUGGCUCUCGACCUGGGUCUGCCAAUUCAUGGCAUUGUCGCCUGGGUGGGAACUGCGAGUGACAAGACGAGCCGAUCGGUGCCGGCACCAGGACAGGGUAUCCUGACCAACGCGCGCGAGAAGCCCAACAGUCGGUUCCCAUCGCCACUGCUUGACAUUCGUUACCGCAAGCGCCGUCUCGAGGCGCGACUGAAGCAAAUCCAAGAAUCGGUUGACCUCGAGGUACAGAUGCUUGAGGAGCAAAUGACCCAAGACGGAGAGGCUGCGGAAGAGCUUCAGGAAGAGCUCCAGAACCACAAACGCUUUGUCGAAGGUGAAGCCGAGCGCCAGCGCAAGGAGGCCUUGAACACAUUUGGUAAUGAAUUCUGGAAGAAUGAGUCCGCCAUUUCUCCCGUUCGGGGUUCUUUGGCCGUUUUCGGUCUGACUAUUGAUGAUUUGGAUUUCGUUUCCUUACAUGGCACUAGCACUGUCAUGAACGACAAGAACGAAGCCUCAGUGCUCGAAGCCCAAAUGCGACACCUCGGCCGCGUACCCGGCAACCCCCUUUACGCUAUCUCACAGAAGUAUCUUACGGGCCACCCCAAGGGUGCCGCAGGAGCAUGGAUGCUGAAUGGUGGCCUACAAGUGCUGGACACGGGCCUCAUUCCCGGCAACCGCAACCUGGACAACGUCGAUGGGAAGCUGGAAAACAACGAAUACAUCCUCUAUCCCAACCGCAGCAUCCAAACCAAGGGAUUGAAGGCAUUCUCGGUGACUUCCUUCGGCUUCGGGCAGAAGGGUGCGCAGGCCAUCGUGGUGCACCCUCGGUAUCUCUACGCUAUGCUCGAGGAUGGCGAAUACCACGCAUAUCGGACACGCCGUCUGACGAGAUAUCGGAAGGCAUUCCGCUUCUUCCACCAUGGGCUGGCCACGAAUACCAUGUUCGUGGCGAAGACCGAGGCUCCCUAUCGACCAGACCAGCAAAAUGCGGUGUUAUUGGAUCCUACGGCGCGAAUGCAGUCAAAGGAGUCAACGGAGUCGCCCGAGCCAACAAUUGGGGUUUCAUUCUAA